AUGUUCCCUUUCAUGCAAGCGGCAGUUCAUCAUCUCUCUCCGCCCUUGUUUCGGCUCAACGUCACAAUCUUCACCUCGACUACAUCUCCGAUUCAACUUCGACGGUGCAACUCCUUCAGUGUGAACUCACUUCGAUCUCAAAUUCCAAUUGCUUUUCAGCGUCACUCCGAUGAUGUUUCAAACAUGGUGAAGACGCAACGAAAUCCACAUAUCUUGUUCAGAUUAUUGAUGAAGAAGGGAGACGGCGGCGAUUCAGAUGAGAACAAAGGAGAUGAUGAAGGACAUGCGCCGCCGAUUGGAACGAGAGGAAGAGAAGAACGGUCUCGUGAAGCACGAGUGUUCCAAACCCUACCCAAGCACAAGAGAAUUUUUGCGAUAUCAUGUUGA